AUGCUGAUGAGGACCAUUUUGACGCUCCUUCUUGCCGCUGGCAUCGCUCACUGCCAGACACCGCCAGGCUUUGAACCAUCGACAGAAAACAAGCUGGGUGUCAAAUUUGGAAAUAGGGUCAGGGCAGACAAUGGCAAUAAGCUCGAAAAAGCUGAUACUCAGAGUAUACCGCGCUUGGACCUCAAGUUCCUAAUCGAUGACGUCGAUUCCUCCUUCCUCUUCGCGGAAACAUCGACUUCAUCUUCCCAUUAUAUUGUGUUCAUGAUUGAUCUCGACGUUCCCCGAAACGGCACCACAGUUCCUUUCUUGCAUUGGUACCAGCCUAAUUUUGGCCUAAAUAGGAAAACCGGAAAGCUGUUGCCCCCAAAAUCCAGCGAACCUGCCAAAGCGGAAUAUGUCGGACCUUCACCGCCACCUGGACCAGCGCAUCGUUACGUCGAACUGUUGUUUAAUCAACCUUUUUACUAUGAGUUUCCGGAAGAGUUUGACAGGUAUCUAGAGAAAAAGUCGUCAGCACGAGUGGGCUUUGAGAUCAAUGAUUUCGUGAAAGCGGCCAAGCUGCAGAAACCCAUUGCUGGAAACUGGUUUUUGGUGCAAGAGACAGAAGAUUUGAGGGAAGAUUUGUGA